AUGUCAUCUUCAGCAAGAGAGCUCCCAAGGCCGAAGCAAGGAUCAAGACCCGCAGGUAAGUCAAACGCGAAGACCAAGAACAAGCUUCAGAACGCGAAAUACAUCCAUGGACACACCGAAAUUGACAGGAGCAAGGGAGGCGGUGUCCCAUGGAAGAUGGGUGAAAUGCAAAAAGUGGCAGAAAGCCUGAUCGUAGGCACCCCUAAGUGCCGUGCUUGCUACACGCUGACCCCACCGUGCGAUUGUGGCAAGCCUUUGUACGAGACUGAGGUAAAUGUGUUCUGGACUAGAGCAUCUGGCUAUUUGCGCCUUGCCUUACCAACAGUCAAGCGGUGCGAGGACAUCCUCAUUAGAGAGGCAAAACGUCUCGGGAUGAAAUGUGUAGUUCUGAGAUCAGACCAUCAUAACACCGCCACAAUGUUCGAUCGCACGGGCCGAAAGACUGGAUACAUGCCAGCCGACUGGCACAUUACGGUAUACUUAGGAGAUGACAUUAAUCACCUCCUGUUGCAAGGUCACGUUUACACAUUUGUCGGUAGGAACACGGAAUUUCCUUUAAGCAAACUUCAUGAAGGCAACAGAAAGAUUCUCGAGACACACGAAUUGCUUGAGGGCUUGACGCUUGAGGAGGCCGCACCUGAGGCGUUUUGGGGGUUGCGAGGGAGCUGUGGUUGGGUAAACGUUGAGGGACAGCCCGUUAACGCUGAUGGCACACCCAUCAUCAAGAAGCCUGAGGAGGAAACACCCACCAUCGAGAAGCCUGAGGAGGAAACACCCACCAUCGAGAAGCCUGAGGAGGAAACACCCACCAUCGAGAAGCCUGAGGAGGAAACAUCCGUCGUCAAGCCUGACGAGGAAUUGUCAGUCGAGUAG